GCGGCCGCUCCGGCCCGGGGCGCGGGGCCGCUCCGCCGCCGGGGGCUGCACAGGCAGAUGUGCCAAGUCCAGCUGAAGCCACUGUGGGUGUGAGGAAGGCAGUGCAGCACCGUGACUGCGGCACAGGGGGUUCUCCUCUGCCCCAUCACCAUGGGACUGCUCCUGCAGAACCUCUUCCUCCUCUCCCUCCUCCUCUUCCUCCUCCUGGGCUCCUGCCUUCACCCAGCCACUGCUUUCCCCAAGGGCUGUUACCCCUCAGAAGAGGAGGGGCUGAAGACCUUUCGCUGCAGCAAUGCUCAGCUGACUGAGGUCCCCAGAGACAUCCCCAAUGACACCAACAAGCUCUACCUGGACUCCAAUCAAAUCCCCUUCCUGCCUCGCGAUGCCUUCCGGGACCUGCCGCUCCUGCUGGAGCUGGAUCUGUCGCACAAUGCCAUCGCCAGAAUCGAAAGUGGCGCUUUCCAGGGCCUGGCAGAGCACCUGCACUCUCUGGACUUGUCUUCCAACAGGCUGGUGUCGGUCAGCAAAGACGCCUUUAGCAACCUGAAAGCCAAGGUGAACCUGUCCAACAACCCGUGGCUGUGCGACUGUCGGCUGCAGGAGCUGAUCCGCGCAGUGGAGCUGGCGGCCGACUCCUCGGGGGGCAUCGUGUGCGACUCCUCCACGCAGGAGGAGCACGUUGGCAAAGCUUUCCUGCAGGUCAUCGCCGACACGGACUUCUGCAACGUGUACAAGAGGACCACAGACAUCGCCAUGCUGGUCACCAUGUUUGGCUGGUUCGCCAUGGUGAUUUCCUACCUGGUCUACUACGUGCGGCAGAACCAGGAGGAUGCCCGGCGGCACCUGGAAUAUCUCAAGUCGCUGCCCAGCAAGCAGCGGCGAUCGGAGGAGUCGUCCACCAUCAGCACUGUGGUGUGAGCACCGGGAUCCCGCAGGACACGGGGGAUGUGUGGAGCUGGGAACCGGCCGCUCCAGGGGCUCGCCACGGCUGCAGAAGCUGUCACCAGCCACUGGCAUCGCACAAAGAUACUCAUGGAUUUGUUCUGUUCUCCUCGUGGAAGCAGCAGCCACGGCUGAUGAGUCCCUGGCUCUGGUGGCUGAGGUCAGGGAUGGAUAUCGGCCAUGAGCGUGGAGGAUCCGCAGUAUCCUCCCAAGUUAUGGAGGACUGGAGCAACCCGGAGCAUCCCCCUGGCAUGCGGCCAUUGCUCCGACUGACCUGGACAUUUGGACUUCAUCUAAAACAUUUUGUAUUUCCUUUGCAGAGAUCCCUUGGGGCGUUAACGGAAUGGGUGUUUUCGUCUCUCCCCGGCUCCCCUUGGCUGCCCAAGGGAUGAUCCGGCAGCCCAGGGCAGCCUGGGAGGGCAGUUGGGAGGAGCAGCGCAGGUCCGAGGACAGUGCCCUGCCAGGUCACUGGCCCUGGAGGGUCACGGGCUGCCACCGCAGCCAGCAGGACCAAGAGGUGCGGCAGGGGGUGGGGACACAGCGGUUGGUGCCGCCCCAUCUUCCGUUUCACCUCCCUGCCCCUUUCCCGGUGCUCUCAGGCCAGGUGGGGCGAGGGCUCUGGGGGUCCCCACUCAGGCAUGGGGUAGCUGAUGGGCAAACCCCUCGGAGCGCGGGGAACGAGAACCAAACGGGGAAUGAACUCCCUGGGGCAGAGCCCUUCGGGGCUGCCGAGGGCUGCGGGUGCUGAUGGAGGGGCAGCUGGGUGUCCUGGCAGUGGGUCCAGCCCCUGCUGGGAUCUGGGGGAGCGGGUUUCCCCCCGGUGCUCUCGGGCACCACGGGGGAGGGAGUUUGCAGCACCUUGGCCAUCUGCUCGUGUCGCUGCCGGAGGGGAGAUCCCACCUCACAAGCUGCUGACCGGUCACUGUGAUGGGAAGCAGGAUGGAGGGAGCUGCCACAGCUCCUCCGUCCUCUCCCCACUCCCGCGCUGCUGUCAGGAGCCUGAAAUCUCCCCUUAAAUAUCCCAAAGUCCCUUCUUGACACGUCCAGUAUUGGGAUGCGGGUUGCUGGUGGCAGUGGUGGAGGUGAUGCUGAGCACAGGCUGGCACAGGCAGUGGUCAGUGCCCACUUCUGGGCAUUCAGGGUCCAAGUAGCAACUCAGAGCAAAGCCAGAGCAGCCCCAGACUCUUCCACCUGCCUGUCUGGGACAUAUGGUUUUGCCGGUUUUGGCCUUUUUUAAAACCAACCAAUGCUAAAUUGCCUUAAUUCACCAAGAGCACCAACCAAAGCUGCUGGAACCUCCUCUGUACCGGGCCAGACCCGCCUUGUAGCCAGGCCCAGCCUCAGCCCCUGGUGUGGGCAGCACAUUUCAGUGCAAGCAGGGCUCCAGCCCCGGCUGCUGCCUGUGCCCUCGUGUCCUGGUACCGGUGGGAGCCGUGGGACUGAGCCAGCCAGGAGCAGUGUGCCCUUCCACAAGUGCCUAAUUCCAGCACAGAGCAGGAGCUCUGCAACGCACAAACACCUCAAACACCUCAGCCCCAGCUCCCGCCCGAGCGUCCCCGCAGCCCCCUGGCAGCUCCUUGCCCCUCUGAGGAGAAAAGGGGCUGGGGGGGACCCGACUGAACCCCCCAGGCUGCUCCCCCAGGCCACGGCUUGUGCCCGCAGCAUGGGGGAUGCCGGCACCACCCGGCCCAUCCGCGUUUGGGUCAAGGGACAUUUUAGUUCUUACUUUAUACGACAAUAAAGUUGGCUUUUACAUUGGA